AUGCCUCCACGACAGAGCUCCCUCGCGUCCUCGUCAAAAAAGCGGAAGACGCGCGAGGCAGACGACACCACACUCACCAUCCAAGCCCUCGAGAAGCAGCUCACCGCCGCCGUUUCCUCUGGCUCUUCUCUGAACCCCCUCGCUGACCUCCUCGAGCUCGCUCUCGACGCUGAGACUGCAACACAGCUCUCAAAGGCUGUAUAUGCACUCUACCGUGUCUUUGUGCUCAUCAUCUCGCGCGGUCUACUCUCUGGGCCGGAUGCUUCGGAAGAAGCAAAGGCCGUCCGCACAUGGCUCGUGGAAAGACUGCAGGCCUUCGUCGAUCUCCUAACAGGUUUGCUGAAGGAUGAGGAAUCCUCCUUGAAGAUCUCCGCGCUCGACAUCCUUCUCUCCCUCCAGAAACACCUUUCCUCCGCGCUCACCCGCGCAGGCGACGCCAAGCACCCACAAUUCCACGCCUCACACUUCCGCAAGGUCGUCUCCGCACUUCUCCUCUGCCCCCCUUCCCCGCGCGCGCCUCCAUCAAAGAAGCGGAAAGCCGACGGCGAGGCGUCGGACCGCACGCUCGACCCGGAUGUGCGCGACCACUUCGUGAACACCUGGUUCAGCGUCCACGACGAUGUCCGGUGGUUCUUCCUUCGCGACGCAGCCAUCCUGAUCUCGAAACACCCGCCCUCCGAGGCGCCCCAGCUGCCCGGCAACCUACUCUCCAUCCUCGAGCGGCUCACGACGUUCCCGACCAAGGCCUCCGAGCUCAACUCCUGGUGGGUCGAGGAGCUGGGCACGAAGCCGCCCAAGCCCAAAAGAUCCGCCCCCGGCGACGAUGAUGAUGCAGACUCCGAUGCCGCCGACGCGGGCGCGGACGAAGAGGACGACUGGCGCAAGUUCUUCGACGAGCCCGCAAAGCCCGCCGAGGAGAAGAAGGGCAUCACCGCGCGCGUGCACACGCUCACCGUGCACCAGUCGCUCUACUCGCUCGCCGCGCACAAGGCCGUGUUCACGCGCGCGUGGCUAGCGCUCCUGCCUGUGCUAUCUUCGGGCUCGCAGGAGGAGACGCGCGCGCGCUCACUGCGGGUGUUGAAUGUCCUACAUCGAGGUGUCAUCCCGCAUCUAACUCGGCCCAUCCUGAUCAUGGACUGGGUGAGCUCCUCCGUGGACCACGGCGGGACGGUGGGCCUCCUGGCGCUGAACGCGCUCUUCACGCUGAUGAAGGAAUACAACCUCGACUACCCGUCCUUCUACACGCGCCUGUACGGCUUCCUUGACCGCGACGUGCUGCACCUGAAACACCGCGCGCGCUUCUUCCGGCUCACCGAGCUCUUCCUCAGUUCGACGCACCUGCCCGCCACGCUGGUCGCGUCGUUUGUGAAACGGCUAUCAAGACUGUCGCUGGCGGCGCCCCCCGCAGCGAUAGUCAUGCUGAUCCCGUUCACCUACAACAUGCUCCGGCAGCACCCCGCGCUGAUGGCGAUGAUCCACCGCACGGACGAGGUCGCCGGGGCGGCCUGCGAUGGCUUUGACGUGCACGAGGGGAACCCGACGCUGACGAACGCGCUGGAGAGCUCGCUGUGGGAGCUGUACAGCCACCGGGCACACUACCACUCUGGGGUGGCGUCGCUGGCGAAGGUGUUCGAGGAGGCGUUCACGCGGCAGACGUACGCGAUGGAGGACUUCCUGGACCACACGUACGGCACGCUGUUUGAUACGGAAGCGAAGCGCAAAAUCCGGAAGGAGCCCGCGACGGCGCUGGAGCUGUCGCAGGUGCCGGCGGGGGACGGCCUGGAAGAGUUGUGGACGUUUGCGUGACGUGCGUGGAUCGCCGGGGACGUAGGACGUAAUGCGAGAGCGUCGGGAGAGGCCCGAUGCGGGGUUGGAUAAUGAAAGCGGGCGUCGGGUGACGAGUGUCGGUGCAGGGCCAGGACGGCUAGAGGAGCGGAAGCGAUGCUGUGCUCGGUCUUUUGGCUGUGGGGCAGUCCGCCGGUAAAUCGCCGGCGGAGGGCUAGGCGUGCUCAGGCGCCCGCCAUCUCCGAGAUGGUGCAAGAGACCGGGGGCGCCUCCGUUGUCAAACACACUCCGACGUUGUUCAAAACGCCUACGUUGAAUGCCCGGGGAGUGCAUGAAUCACCG